AUGUUUGGCCCUUUUAAACCUACAAGUGCAGUGUUGGGUGGCUUACUUUGGAAGAUACCAUGGAGGAUGUCUUCGAUGCAAAAGGCAAGACAAAGAGGAAGACUAAAAAAUGUUGAUGAUGUCGUUCAGCAAUUGAAAUUGGGUCUACAUGUGAUGAGAUGCGAAGAGAAAGGUAUGUCAUUCCAAGACUCUUUGAAUGAGAAGAAGAUACUCAAACCUAGAAGCAAACUGAUGAGAUUAUAUAGUAAACCUUCGUUCUUUCCUCAGGAAAAGCAGAUGUCAUCGAAGGAUAAAUAUACGGUCUUCGAUAAGAAGGCAAAAGGUUAUAGAAAGGGCAUCCACAAAGUUCCCAAAUGGACCAAAGUGUCGGCAAGAAAAAAUCCGCAGUUCUUCUAA